UUGAUGCUGUGUUCCUUCACACAGUGAAACGCCUUGAGCCAUGAAGACAGAGUGUACCGUUGCAAUACUGUUGGUGUGUGCGUUGGUGAUGGCGCAGACCUUUCAGGAUGGUGCCGGGCUGCGCAGAGAAGUGGUUGCUGCAGAAGUCCCAGCUGAGGAAGUGAUCCUCGUGGAUGAUACAGAUCCAGUGCUGAACGCGCCCAUAGUGGCGCAGGACGCAGCUGCCAGCGAAGUCUCCCUCAGUGAGACAGCCGACCAGAGCAAGGGACGGAGACAGCGUGCCGGCCAGCCCUUCAACAGGCCGUGUACGGCCGGCUACAAGAGGUCACGCCGCGGUUGUGUACUGAACUGGACAGAAUCUGUGGACAAACUUGGUGAAGAAGUGUAAGAGUUGCGGUAAUAUUUUUGCUGCGAUCAAACAUACUGACAAGUCGUCGUGCUAUUUAAAUGGUGUAACGUCUUGGCAAACUAAUACUUUGUGUAGGAUCAGAAUAUGAACACAUACUGUACCUAGUACUGUUCAUAGCUGCGUCAUCCAUGCUCAAAGCUUCUGCUUAUGAGUAAUCGUGCUGAGCAUGCAAAGCAUGUUAGCAAACAAAGUGUAUGUUUUGUCGCUGACGAACCUUCAUCAGUGUUCUAGUAGCAGUAACAAAAGAAACUCUUUCCGGAUUUUCGUUUACUCUUGUAGCUGGCAGGAUAGUUCCAAGUAACUUCCCUCCAGUCUGGGAAUGUGCAUUAAUUGUUUACAUUUUGUUAUGACAUGUGUUUCCCUUGUAAUCUCUCUGGAGCAACUGUUUUUCCUAAACAAACAUUAAAGUCUCAAAUAAAAUGUUAGAAAUUGUUAUGCA